AUGACCCGCCAUCCGGAAGCUGCAAUCUUCAUAACGGGUGACUUCAACCGAUUGGACACUUCCGCCUUAGUCGCCGAUCCCCGUUUUCAACAAGUUGUAAGACAAGCGACCAGAGGUGAUAGGAUCUUAGAUAAGAUUAUUUGCAACAUCAGCGAUAGACAUAAAGAAGUUAUUAUCUGUUCUCCCAUUGGUCAGUCGGAUCAUAAUUCAGUACUUUGGCUUCCACGAGACCACGUAGCUCCAAGCAAUGCUAGCCAUUAUCGUACAACUCGUCCUAUGCCUGACAGUGCAAUACGGUCCUUCGGUAUGUGGUUGAAUAGUGUUGAUUGGACUGACGUUACCAACAAAAUGGAUAUCAAUGAAAAAUAUGAGUUAUUCAUUCAAACGCUCCAAUCUGCAAUAGAUCAUUUCUUUCCGAUUCGUAGGGUGAAGCUUCACAAGUGUGACAAACCAUGGAUGACCCCACGGAUAAAGCAUCUCAUCAAUGAACGACAACGAGCUUUCCAUCGAAAUGACAUUGUAGUUUGGGAGAGAUUAAAGGCAACCUUGAAAGUGAGCAUAGAACAUGCUAAGAAGGAAUACUAUGCUUCACGGGUUCAACGCUUGAAGAAAAACAACCCUUCAGCUUGGUUUCGUCAAAUUCGAGUGAUGACCGGAAAUACUAAGGAUCCUAACCCUAUUCAAGUUCCGGAUAUACCUUCAAGCGAUGAAGCUGCAAUAGCUGCUGCCAUCAACCAGUCCUUUGUCUCUGUAGCAUCCGAUAUCCACCAACUCGACUUAGCUGAGCUCCCAUCAUACUUACCAUCUAAGAGCCCUUGCCCGACUGUUUCUUCUUGGGAAGUUUAUAAAGAACUAUCAAAAGUGCAACAGUCUAAGGCUGGCGGCCCUGAUAGUAUAUCAGCUAGGAUCAUCAGGGAAUUCUGUCUUGAACUUGCGACCCCCUUGGCAGACAUAAUCAAUACCUCUUUCAGCCAAAGCAAAGUUCCCAGUGACUGGAAACGAGCCAUCGUUAUUCCAGUUCCUAAGACACAACCCCCAACGAUAGAUAAACUUCGUCCAAUCUCUCUAACCAGCCACUUUGCCAAGAUAGCUGAAGGAUUCAUGGCAAACUGGAUUAUACAGGAUAUUAGACCCAAACUUGACCCUAACCAAUUUGGUAACAGAAAAUUCCUCUCAACUAAUCACUAUCUGAUCAACAUGCUUCAUUUAAUAUACAAACAUACAAAACUUACGGAUAUCUUGGUAAUUCCGGUGCUUGUUGCUGAUCAUGGUGUGUGUGGCAGUCAUAAGGAUUCUAGGAAUAGCCAGCCUGAAAAUGCUAGUGUUGAAUCGUUCAUCCCUCUUCACACCGGUCUCAACACUCGAGACACCUCAGCAACAUCUCUCACACAAGAAGAGGUGGUCGACGACGACGAAGAAUUUGGAGACAAUGAUCACUAA